GCCGCAGCUCUGUCAGCUCCAGCAGAACCACCCGUGAGUUAGAUCGAGCCCAGCCAAAGCCCCCGGUGCUUUGUCGCGGGUUCGCUCGCUAGCUGUCUCGAUCACUCCCUCCCUUCUACCCUCCCUUCCUCCGGGCGGCCGCGGCAACGCUGGAGAAGCGGCAAAGAGGAGUGGCCCAGCGCUGGAAGAAUGCUGCUCUGCCGAGGGGGCCGAACCCGAUCCAGUCUCCCCACGAUUUAAGUGGCACGAGCGGAGUCCAAGUAACCCAACUGCGAGUGUUGUGGAUCCUGCACCUGAACCGCUGGAGGCGCUGACAGAUUCGCCCACCGGAGCCUCCGGGCUUCGACAUGCUGGAGGAGCCCCGGUCUCGGCCUCCGCCCUUGGGCUUCACGGGUCUCCUGCUCUUGGCUUUGUUCAGUCGGGCUCUAAGCAAUGAGAUUCUGGGCCUAAAACUUCCCGGUGAGCCGCCGCUGACGGCCAACACCGUGUGCUUGACCCUGUCCGGCCUGAGUAAGCGGCAGCUGGGCCUGUGCCUACGUAGCCCCGACGUGACGGCGUCCGCGCUGCAAGGGCUGCACAUCGCUGUUCACGAGUGUCAGCACCAGCUGCGCGACCAGCGCUGGAACUGCUCGGCACUGGAGGGCGGCGGCCGACUGCCGCAUCACAGCGCCAUCCUCAAGCGCGGUUUCCGUGAAAGUGCUUUCUCCUUCUCCAUGCUGGCUGCCGGGGUCAUGCAUGCUGUCGCUACAGCCUGCAGCUUGGGCAAGCUGGUGAGCUGUGGCUGCGGCUGGAAGGGCAGUGGUGAGCAGGACCGACUCCGAGCCAAGCUGCUGCAGCUUCAGGCACUGUCUCGGGGCAAGAGUUUUCCACACUCACAGUCCAGCCCUAUCUCCGGCUCAGGGACCAGCCCUGGCCCCCAGGACACGUGGGAAUGGGGUGGCUGUAACCACGACAUGGACUUUGGAGAGAAGUUCUCUCGGGAUUUCCUGGAUUCUAGAGAAGCUCCACGGGACAUCCAAGCGAGAAUGAGAAUCCACAACAACAGGGUGGGGCGUCAGGUGGUGACCGAAAACCUGAAGCGGAAGUGCAAGUGUCACGGCACGUCAGGCAGCUGUCAAUUCAAGACUUGUUGGAGGGCAGCUCCAGAGUUCCGGGCCAUCGGGGCAGCAUUGAGGGAGCGGUUGGGCAGAGCCAUCUUCAUCGAUACCCACAACCGCAAUUCUGGAGCCUUCCAGCCCCGCCUACGUCCUCGUCGCCUCUCAGGAGAGCUAGUCUACUUUGAGAAGUCUCCCGACUUCUGUGAGCGGGAUCCUGCGGUAGGCUCACCAGGCACUAGAGGCCGGGCUUGUAACAAGACGAGCCGCCUGUUGGAUGGCUGUGGCAGCCUGUGCUGUGGGCGUGGGCACAAUGUGCUCCGGCAGACGCGGGUGGAGCGCUGCCACUGCCGUUUCCACUGGUGCUGCUACGUGCUGUGUGAUGAAUGCAAGGUCACAGAAUGGGUCAAUGUGUGUAAGUGAAGGUGAGCCUCACCUUGGGACUAAUGAAGAACACUGUGUGACGGGUGCUCCUUUUCAGCCCUUUGCUCUGAUUUCUGUCCAGGGAUAAUCGUGGUCCCUGGAAGCUCCAAGUAUCUACCUGGAAACAGCUUUGGGGGGGAGUAGGGUCUGGUGAAAUCUGCGAUGAGCAGCCUUCUGUGGGGGAAGUGGUCAUCAUAUUUUGUUCUUAAACACCUGAAUGGACUAAGAUGAAAUGUACUGUAUUGUUCCCCUCUUCUCACCUCUGGGUCUCCUGGGCCCAGAUGUAUACUCCUUUAGAUAGGGAGGCUGUCAUUUAGCCACCCACCUUCCUUGAAGGAUAACACUGGACGCUGUGUGGAGUCAUUAAGAUCUGUAUAUAGAAAGAGACCACCUCUUCCUAUUUGUGGUUCUCAAACUCCUCCACUACAACCCAGAAGAACCUCCUCUUGUGGGGCCAUGGGUGACAAUAAUGAGUGGCUUUCGGUUGGAAAAGGACAGACAACUGUCCUCAGAGGGCUGUCUUGUCAGGCUCCUAGGAAUUGUUCUCCUUCCACUCAGUUGUUGAGAGGGUCCCCCCAAAGGGAAGGUUUAGCUAUGAUCCAUGGAGGCUCUUUUUCCUUCUUCAGCAGGAAGGGUGGGAAUGGAUAAUUUAUUGUACUGAGACAUAUUCUUGGUUCCUGUUUGAAAUUAAAAUAAAUGAAGUUACUGGACUGGU